UACCAACAUACAGUGUCAAAGUAUCAUAUAAUGACUGACCUUAUCAGUCCUUGUGUCAGGAUUAUUAUUAGAGCUGCCAAAGGCCCUAGACAUGGCCAUCUAACCACUACAUAAAUAGUACUUAAUGACGUCAAAUCACCUGAAGAUGGAGCAAAAGUUUAUGGCGAGGUGUGUACGCGAAAGCAGAGGAGAAAGCGUCAAAAAUUGUUACUUAUCGAGCUUUUAUAUGAAUACGCUAAGAAUUCCACACUCCAUGGUCUUCGGUAUAUCGUGGAAAGAUCCUUUCACCUCAUUGAAAAAACAUUUUGGCUGCUGACUUUUCUGGCGAGUGUGGGAAUGUGCUUCUAUUUAAUUAGCAACGUUUGGAUCAAGUGGAAGACCAGCCCUGUCAUCGUCAGUUUUAGUGAAAGGGUCGUUCCUGUAGGAGACGUCCCUUUUCCGGCUGUCACUAUUUGUCCUCAGUUGAAGGCUAAGGCUUCGAUCUUCAAUUUUUCCGAUGAAUAUCAAAAAUAUUUGAAGUUAAAAGAAAAUGGGACAGAUCCGACACCGAGCCAAUGGGAGUCUUGGAUAAAACUAGACGAUGUUGACAUGUUAUGUGGCAAAGAUGUUGCUGAGAUUGACCUUACUCGAGAUCUAGGCAACAGUUCCAUGAUCGAAAAUUUUCUUGAAGUUGCCCCAACUGAAGAAGACGUAAUCAUUGGAUGUGUGUUUCGAGGAGAACCGUGUAAUUCUUUCGAAAGAGUAAUAACCAGUGAUGGCGUUUGUUACACAUUUAACGCAUUAGCAGCAAGUGAAAUAUUACGGCAAGAAAAUGUACAACAAGAUUACCAUUAUCUAGAAUCAACAAGAGAGAGCAAAAAUUGGUCAAUAGAAGGUGGAUACACAGGCUAUAGUAGUGACACAUAUCCUAGGCGAGGAAGGGAAAAUAUCGCCGACCCUGACUUAAUGGUAUACCUAGCAGAAAAUCCAUUGGAUCGUGAUGGAUUAUGUAACGCUAUUGGGAGUGGAUAUAAGAUAUACAUUCAACACCCGGCCGAUCUUCCUCAAGCCUCAUUGUACUAUUAUGCAGCGUUACCAGGCCAAGUUUCUUCAAUAGCCCUCAAAUUUAGUAUGGUGAUGACAUCAGAUAGCUUGGAAGGAUACUCACCAGAUAUACGUCAGUGCUAUUUUCCGUCGGACCGGCAACUACGAUACUUUCGAAUAUACACCCCAAAUAACUGUAGAUUGGAAUGUCGGUCUAAUCACACUUUCUCAAAAUGUAAUUGUGUUUGGUACCACAUGCCACAUAACGAUAGUCGACAGAUAUGUGUAAGCGAUUGGGAUACAUCCUGCAUGAAGCAAUCGCUUGAUGAGUUAUCGGUAGCAGAAUUAGAAGCAAAUGUAGACGGGAUCAAUGCCAGUGCAUGUCAGUGUUUGCCCUCUUGUGACAGUGUGCAAUACGAUGCUGAAAUUCUGAAGACGGAUUUUAAAAUACAAAGUUUAUUAAAAAACAUGGAGGCUAUUCACAAUACCAGUACUUACUACUCAUCGUUAAACAUAUCAAAAAUCGAGUUAUAUUUCAAGGAGCCUCGUUUCGUCUCUAUGCGUCGAUCGGAGCUGUUCGGCGUGACAGACUUCCUCGCCAACUGUGGUGGCCUGCUUGGUCUUUUCCUCGGCUUCUCCAUCCUCAGUGCGGUGGAGAUCUUUUACUUCCUUACUUUCAGAUUAUGCUUCAUCUUAAAACGAGACUUGCGAGAAGAAAAAGUGAAUAGAGAAAGAGAGAAGGAAAACUAAACUUUUCACAUAAUGUUCCUGUUUGUAAAGUGUCUGUUUUUGAGGUUUGGAUUUCUGUUUGAGUGCUGUUCAAAAAUAAAAGUUAUCUUUAAAUAA